CAUCCAGGUCAAGUGAAAGGCGCGACGGCAGAAUCUCGGGAUCUCCGGCGUCUGUGAAAUGACAAGACGCAACAGACGACAGCUCUGGUGAAGCAGGAGACGGCAGAGCGCACUGCUUCAAAAAUGGCGGCGAAUCGGAGCUCCUGAAGCCCCCACAGGGUCCCGAAGAACAAACCCAUGUGGUGAACCGUCACCGCGAGCAGCACUAUCGGCAUCUUUUGCAGAACGAAGGGAGCUCGAGGAAUUAAAAGGGUAUGGAAGUGGAACGGUACUGAUCCGAUCGGCCCUUGGGGUUUCUGGUUCCGAUUUGAAAGAACUAGGGAUUGGGGUUUGAUUCUUUUGAUUGGAAUUGGUCCCUAUUUGUGUGUUUAAGAAUGAUUCCCAUUUUCCCCCCAAUAUAAAAGGGAAAGAAUGAUUCCAUUGGUUCUUCGUCUAGCACUCUAACGACCUUUAGUAGCGAGUCUUCUCUCUCUCUCUCUCUCUCUCUCCCUCUCACCGGCAAAAAUGGGGAUCGAGAACCACAGUCCGGCGGCGGUGGCGACGCUGAUCUUCACAUACGGCACUCUGAAGAAGGGAUUCUCCAAUCAUGGCCUGAUGCAAGAUCUGAUGCGCACAGACGACGCGGCCUUCCGAUGCAAUUGCCGCACCGUCGAACCCUACCCUCUCGUCUGCGGGCCCUACCGCGUGCCAUUCCUUCUCAACCUCCCCCGCGUCGCCGGCUCCGACCGAGUCUCCGGCGAGCUGUACGCCGUCUCCGCCCGAGGACUCGCCCGCCUGGACGAGCUCGAGGGUACGGCACGCGGCCACUACGAGCGGCUGCCGAUCAGAGUGGACCCCAUUGACGGCGGAGGAGGAGAGGAAACCACCGCGUAUGUGGUGGAGGCGUAUUUCGCGGAGAGAAGCUACGCGGCGGAGAUGUGGGAGAGGUGCGGGAAGAGAGGGUAUUGGGUGUACGGCGAGAAAGAGGCGAACGGUUAUGUGAGGAGGAAGGAUCGGCCUCAGAAUCUGAGCUUUCUGGAGCAGAUUCAGCUGUUCGUGUCUUCUUCUUCUUCUUUUUCUUCCAGUUCUCCCGACGACGGCGAACUCUGACCGGCCGGGAAUCUUGUAGAUAGAUAGACCUGUACGAAUUAAAAAAUUAGUUUCGCGAUUCCCACUCCGCCAUGGUCGUUGAUCUGAUUGGUCUUGAAAUCUGUAUUUCUUGGACGUGUUUGGUUUAGAUCUCCGAUUGGCUGCCGGGCUAGUCCGGCGGCUAUAUUAUUAUAUGUAUAAUUUCUUUUAGGUUUUUUUUGACGGAGUUAGAAUGUUGAUGGUUGUGUGACAGUGCGAUAUGAUCGAGAUUCUCGCCAUGUGGGUGGACGAGUUUUUCUUUUUCACAGUUACCUACUUUCCCUCCACCCCCAAUAUUCUCCGAUCAGUAGGAUCCACGCGCGGAGUAAGCGGGCUUACUGGUUGCCGGAACGGGGAAGAAGACGCGUGCAAGGGGAUGGUUGUAACUUGUGAGAGAGGAAGGCGGAGGCAAAAUGAGCCUUUGCCCAAUUGGGGGUUAGGGUGUCCGGGAAAAAGUUAAUACGCUAACAUAAGAUUUGUUAGCCGGUACUAACGCAUCUCCAAAAUAUAUGAACUAAUAUCAAGUACUAAAGUAUUUAAAGAGUACAUACUAGUAUUCAAAGUUUGCUAACUGAUAUCCACUAUGAAUCAACAAUUAUCCAAAAUUCACAAACUAAUAUCUAGACAACACAUAAUAGUAUCCAAACAACACAUAAUUAAUAUCCAGAUAACACAUAAGAGUAUCCAGAUAACCCAUAAGAGUAUCCAUAUUGAAUACUAGUUGGUUGAUUGUGGAUAUUAGUUGGUAUCUGCUAUCUGGAUACUAGUUUGUGAUGUUUUGAAUACUAGUCUGUGAUAUCUAGAUACUUAGCAGACUUUGGAUAUUAGUUCAUACAUUUUGGAUAUUAGUUAGUAUAUACUAACUAAUAUUCAAGUUAGCAGAAUAACUAGUCUGGGUGGCCGGCGGCUGAGAUUUGCAAAUCCCGAAAUCACUGUUCGGAUUCGGAUCUAGCAAUGGACACUCUCAACUGCAAUGAGGUGUUGCGGAUAUGACAACGAUGGGCUUGUAGGGAUGGCAAUUUCGACCCGACCCGAUUUAUCUGACCUGUUUGGCCUGUUUUGGGGCGGGGCGAGCAUGGGUACUUCUCAUCGACCCGACCUGCCCUGACCCACCCCAUUCUCGACCCGUUCUUGCCUAAAUUACAUGUAAUCUUAGUAAAAUUACUUAGAAUUUUCCUCUUAUUAAUUUAUAUUUUAGCUAUAAUAAAGUUAUAAAUAAGUGAAAACAUCAAUUUCUUUUAUAAUUUAACUACAUUUUAUCAUAUUAUGGUCUAUUUUUUGGUCUUUUAGUGAUAAUAACGAAUAGUUCUAAUGUUUUUUGCAUAAGUUAUGUACCCAUUGGGUCGACCUGCCCCGACCCGCGCCCUGUGAUAAAUUACCCCACGUGCCAUGGGGUGGGUAUGGGUAUCGAGAAACCAGCCCUGGACCUGCCCAUUGUCAUUCCUACUUGUACGUGUCGUCAAGUUUUAUGAUGGAAAAGGUAAAAGGGUAAAUACUAGGGAUGGCAAUGGUUCGGGUUGGGUCGGGUUUUGUCAAACCCAAACUCAAACUCAUGGAUUUAUCUUUCAAAAAAAUUCGAGGUGAAACGCAAUGGGUUUAGAAAACUCAAAUCCCAUCCAACCCGCUAGGUAUCCGCGAGUUCAUGGGUACCCAUGGGUUUUCGUGGUAAAAAAUUUACUAUAACAAGUUCCUAUCAAAAUAAAAGUCAAACAUCAAU